GGGGCGCUUCAAUUGACAGUAAAAUCUGUCGAAACUUGCAAUAUGCGAUUCUCACACGCUGUUACUCCAUACACCGUGCGAAUUUUCCACCGCUUUCGCACGCGGACUCGCCGCCCGGCCGAAGUCUAUUUAGGCGACCAACACCGUACCGGCCAUUGUCAAUACACCCGGAGCAAUGGUCUCGUCCACAGCCAUCCUGCAGGUACUGUUUUUGGCGUGUGUCGUGGCGUCCGGCGAGUCGCCGGGCGCGGAAGCCGACGUCAAGCGACCCGAACCGGUGUCCGUGGUGGUGACUGCAGCCACCGACGACGACGAUUCUGGUCAACGCACGACCGCGGCCUCUCCGCCGGCCACACAGCCCAAAGACGUAUCCAUCCUCAAGCAGAUCAACAAGGUGAACGACGACGGUUCGUACACGUUCGGGUACGAAGCGUCCGACGGCAGCUUCAAAGUGGAGACCCGCGAUGUGGCGGGCAACGUGAAGGGCAUGUUCGGGUUCGUGGACGACGUGGGGCGGCUGAAGCGCGUGUCGUACUCGGCCAGCAACUCGUCCGGAUUCCAAGCGGCCGGCAGCGAGUCACCGCGGCCGUCGCAAGACCCGACGGCCGCGUCCGUGGUGCAGACGACCACGGGUCGGAGAAAUAAAAAGGACGACGGCGGCGGUGGCGGCGGCGGCGGCGACGAGUCGGAUGGCGGAAAGUCGGCGGCGGUUGGGGUAAAAAAGGUGCUGGUGUCCAAGAGACCCGUCGUGGUGGCCGCGGUGCCGGAAUUGCGGACGGAGACAGAAAACGAGGUGGACGACCAGCGACGGCGCGGUGGCAACGAUCUGCGCAGGCAGCUGCCCAAGAACGACGAUGGAGACGCCCCCGACGUGUACGGAGUGCACGGCCGGUCCAGUCUCCAGGAGUCGGGACCCGUGUCACCCGUCGUGUCGGCACUCAUGUCCGAACUAAUGCCGGUCAGGUCAUACGGCCGUCCGACGGGGCCACCACCGCCGCCGCAGUCACCGCCGAUCGGAAAUGAAGACGCUGUCAGCAGCAGACGGGCGGCGCAGGAGCUGCAGGAAGAUGAAUACGAAGACGGACAACAGUACAACGGCGGCCCGACGACGGUUCAGUACCGCGGGAGGCGGCCCCCCGCCGUGAUAUACCAGCAGCGGGCCUCGUACCCGACGAUGGCUUCAACGGCGGCGUACCAACAACAGCGACCGGUCGCGUACCUCGCACCGCUGCCCCAGCGCGGUCCCAGUCUGGUGGCUCUAAGGGACGAGCUCAUGGAGCUCAUACUGUCGUUCGUGCAGGCGCGCGUUUCGCAACUCGUAUCCGUCACCCCUUACCCCGCGCCCGCCCCUUAUCCGAUGCCUUAUCAGCAGCCCAACUACUACGUGCCCAAUUACUAUCAAGGGCCCCGGAUGCCCGGUCCGACGACGGAACAGGCACAAGAAUCGUCGCCGAUAGUCACGCAGACGCUCAAGGACGGACUGAUCCGGAUGCUAUUGUCCACCAGCCCGCGAUACGACCCGGACAGGAUCAGCGAACGUUCGACGACCCGGCUGGCGUACCGCAGUACCAGUACGCAGCCGCCGCCCGUCAGGAGCGUGCAGAUCAUCAGUGGCGGCAACGACGAUGACGACGACCGCACGGACAGCAGACCGGUGACUACCGAAACUCCGGACUAGAGCUGCUGCUGUCUUAUUAUUAAAGUUGUUGCUAGCAAUUUGAAGUUAAAAAAGUACAGUUAAUUAUUAUAUUAUUGUUGUUAUUAUUAUUUUUAUUAUUAUUAGGUACUUAGGUAUCACUUUUAUUACGAGCAUUAUUAUUACUAUUAUAUAUGUUUUUUUAUCAAUAAAAUCGCUUUGAAAAUCGUUUAUUGUCCACCCAACCACUUAUAUUGGAAUAUUUUUGUUCUAUCAUGAUAUUAUAAUAAUUAUUGAUUUAAUAAAAACACUUGAAAGCCGGCAUGAAACAGUUGUAAUGGUGUAGAAUACCAUUAACUGUCAUCAAACAUUUGUCCAACAGACUACGAUCAUAAAAUACUUAGGUACUAAAAUGAAUAAGCUACAUAAAGAAUAUAAACUGUUUGGUAAACAAGCAAAUCAUGUUUUAUGUGCAAUAGAAAUAAUAAGAACAUUUUUUAUCGAAACAAAGAUGUACAUUUACUAUACGUAUUAUGAAUUUA